CUUUACGCCGCUUUCGCGACGGCGCCGGGCGGUGUUGCUUUACGGCAGCGCGGCGGGCUAGGCCGCGGGAUCCGCCGGGAUGAAGCAGAAAAAGAAAAAUGGGAAAGGGGAGCUGAGGCAGGCCGAGCUGAUGGUGAUGACCAUCGCUGACAUCAUAAAGCAGCUCCUGGAGGCUCACGAGCAGGGAAAGGACGUGGAUCUCAACAAGCUGAAGACCAAAACCUCGGCCAGGUACGGGCUGGCGGCGCAGCCGCGGCUCGUCGACAUCAUCGCGGCCGUGCCGCCGCAGUUCCGGAAGGUUCUGCUGCCAAAGCUCAAGGCCAAGCCCGUCAGGACGGCCAGCGGGAUCGCCGUGGUGGCCGUGAUGUGCAAACCCCACCGCUGCCCCCACAUCAACUUCACGGGCAACAUCUGUGUGUACUGCCCAGGGGGGCCUGACUCUGAUUUUGAAUAUUCCACCCAGUCCUACACAGGAUAUGAGCCAACAUCCAUGAGGGCCAUCCGGGCUCGGUACGAUCCCUACCUCCAGACGAGGCACAGAGUGGAGCAGCUGAAGCAGCUGGGCCACAGCGUGGACAAAGUGGAAUUUAUCGUGAUGGGUGGCACUUUCAUGGCUUUACCUGAGGAUUACAGAGAUUAUUUCAUCAGGAACCUGCACGACGCCUUGUCGGGUCACACUUCCAACAACGUGGCAGAGGCCGUCAGGUACUCGGAGAGGAGCCUGACCAAGUGCGUGGGGAUCACCAUCGAGACGCGGCCGGACUAUUGCCUGCGGCCCCACCUGAGCGCCAUGCUGGCCUACGGCUGCACCCGCCUGGAGAUCGGCGUGCAGAGCGUCUACGAGGACGUGGCCCGGGACACCAACAGGGGUCACACGGUGAAGGCCGUGUGCGAGUCCUUCCACCUGGCCAAGGACGCUGGCUUCAAGGUGGUGGCCCACAUGAUGCCAGACUUGCCCAACAUGGGGCUGGACAGGGACAUGGACCAGUUUUUUGAGUUUUUUGAGAACCCCGCAUUCCGCCCCGACGGGAUGAAGCUCUACCCCACGCUGGUGAUCCGCGGCACCGGGCUCUACGAGCUCUGGAAAACCGGGAGAUACCGGAGUUACCCCCCCAGCACCCUGGUGGAUCUGGUGGCCAGGAUCCUGGCCCUGGUGCCGCCCUGGACGCGCGUGUACCGUGUCCAGAGGGAUAUCCCGAUGCCUCUGGUCAGCUCCGGGGUGGAGCACGGGAACCUGAGGGAGCUCGCCCUGGCCAGGAUGAAGGACCUUGGGACACAGUGCCGCGACGUGAGGACGAGGGAGGUCGGAAUUCAGGAAAUCCACCACAAAGUGAGGCCCUACCAGGUGGAGCUGAUCCGUCGGGAUUACGUGGCCAACGGGGGCUGGGAGACCUUCCUGUCCUACGAGGAUCCCGAGCAGGACAUCCUGGUGGGGCUCCUGCGCCUGCGGAAAUGCUCCCCGGAGUCCUUCCGCCCCGAGCUCAAGGGCGGCGUCUCCAUCGUCCGGGAAUUGCACGUCUACGGCAGCGUGGUGCCCGUCAGCAGCCGGGAUCCCUCCAAAUUCCAGCACCAGGGAUUCGGAAUGUUGCUGAUGGAGGAGGCGGAGAGGAUCGCCAAGGAGGAGCACGGGGCACGGAAAAUUGCCGUAAUUUCAGGUGUCGGCACCAGGAAUUACUACAGGAAGAUCGGCUACGAGCUGGAAGGGCCCUACAUGGUGAAAAGGCUGGAAUGAUGAUCCCGGAGAGCCUCAUCCUGGAAGAGGAGCAGGAAGGACGCAACGCUCAUCCCGGGAAUAACGCUCAUCGCAGGACUCGCUUCUGCCAGAGCCCACGGCUGCAAAGAGCUCCGGAGUUGGACUUGAUGAUCCCUCCUAAUUCCAUGAUUUUAGGAAGUAGGGCAUCAUCUCCUCUGGAGAGCAGCCCUGGGAUCAUCCCGUUCCCCCCAAGAGGCUGGGGACAUUCCAGGUGUCUCAUCAGCCGGGUUAAUCCUGCUGCAGCCUGGGGAUGGGCUGGGAUCAUCCUGUUCCCCCUGGACAUUCCCAGUGUCUCGCUACCUUGGUUAAUCCUGCUGCAUCCUCGGGAUGGGCUCCAGUGCUUGCAUUUGAGGGAUGAAAUUCCAGGAUUUGGGGUGGCCUGGUGGGAAAAACGCCUUUUUCCUGCUGCUGUCAGCUUUUAUUGGUUCUGCGUUAAAACUCUGCGUGUUACUCUGGACGGGAAUAAAUUCCAGGCUUAUUUAUUUA